AUGCACAUUUUAGUUAUUGGAGCUUCCGGCCAAACAGGCUUGGAAUUUUGCACUGCAGCCUUGAAGCAAGGACACAGACUGACCCUUUAUGUGCGGAACCCAAACAAGAUUCCCAUUGACGUCGCUAGCCAUGCAAAUGUCACGGUCAUCAAAGGUAGCCUCGAAGAUGUUUCUGGCUUACAACAGGCUACCGCGUCAGGUGCCACUAUCUUUGUCUCCUUUGCUGGGCCUGGAGCGAAGUCGAGAGGCACACCCAUCACCAAUUCUAUGAAACUGAUAUUUCCCCUUCUGAUCGCCAAUAAUUUCAAAAGGGCCUUGGUUCUUGGCACAUGCUCCUUUCAAGCGCCACAAGACAAAGGUGCUCUGAAGUGGAAAGCGUCCAUCAUCCUUGUUAAGAUUAUCGGUGGAUCCGCCUUUGAGGAGUUCAACGGAUUGGGCGCUUUUGUGACAUCUCAGGACGUAACACAGCUUAAAUGGACCCUUUUCCGCGUCCCUUUUCUCAAUAACGGCCCUGAGGCACCGGUGACCGCCACCUUUACAGGGUCAGGUAGGGAUGGGAUGUUCUUGUCCAGAAAAAGUAUAGCAGCCUGGGUUCUGAAAGAGAUGAAUGAAGAAUCUAAUUGGAUCGGCAAAGCGCCUGUGCUUUCAAAUUAA